AUGGCGCAAAAUACCGAGGUUGCACAAUAUCAAGAUGUCGAGAAAAGUCAACAAGCAGCAGCUGAACGGCCACCAGCAAUGGCACCAUUAGAGUAUGAUGACCCUUUCAACUGGUCGAACCGACGAAAAUGGUGCAUCACGGUUCUUAUGUCGCUAUGCACCCUGACGGCUACCUUGUGCAGUUCAAUCUUCUCGUCGACCAUUGUUGUGACGGCUCAAGAAUUUGAUACUAGUGAAACGGUAAUGCUGCUUGGUGUUUCUCUAUUCGUAGGCGGUUUCUCUUUUGGUCCCUUGCUUUGGGGCCCUAUGAGUGAGCUUGUUGGUCGGCGAAUACCACUUUUUGGUGGAUAUUUUCUGUUUGCAUUGAUGCAAAUUCCGACGGCAUUGAGUCCUUCUCUUGCGGGAGUUUUGAUAUCAAGAUUUCUGGCCGGCUGCUUUGGAGCAGCACCAAUCGCGCUCGUCUCAGCUUCAUAUGCAGAUUUCUGGGAUCCGUCGAAUCGCGGUAUUGCCUCUGCCUUGUACUCAGUGGCAGCGUACGCUGGCCCGACUUUGGGACCUAUUCUGGGCUCUUUUGUGACGGAAAGCCACCUUGGCUGGCGUUGGACAGCCUGGCUUGUUCUCAUACUCGCAACUGCAGUUGGGAUACCUGCAUUCAUCUUGGUGCCUGAGACGUAUGGCCCGGUUUUGAAAGAGAGAGCGGCGAGGAAGCAGGGGCUGUCAGUAACAAAAUCGAACCCUUUCCAGAAUUUCAUUCGAAAAUACCUCUCGAAGCCUAUGGUAAUGCUCCUGCACGAGCCAGUGCUCGACAUCAUGACCAUUUACAUUUCGAUCGUCUAUGCAAUCAUGUAUCUCACCUUCUUCUCGUUCCCAUAUGCCUUUUCACAGGAGCGAGGAUGGAGUCGGCAGAUAGGAUCACUUUCGUUCUUGAGUAUGCUAGUAGGUAUUCUCACGAGUUGUGCAGCCAUUGCUAUUUACUCUGCCAAGUAUUAUCAGCCACGAUACAAGGCUCGAGGAAAGGUUUUGCCAGAAGAUCGACUGCCACCGAUCAUGGUAGGAGCAAUAUGCCUACCAGUGGGCUUAUUCUGGUUUGGGUGGACUGCGUCCCCCUCAAUACCAUGGGUGCCGCAGAUGGUCUCAGGCUUCUUUAUUGGUGCUGGAGUCAUGCUGAUCUUCACGAAUGGAAUCGUAUAUAUUGUCGACAUCUAUCUCUCUUCGGCAGCAUCAGCUAUGGCCGCAAACACCUUUGUCCGAAGCGCCGCCGCUGCUGGGCUCCCGCUGGCUGCUCCAACAAUGUACAGGUCGUUGGGAACGUCCUGGGCGACGACCAUCCUAGGCUUCGUAUGUCUGGCCCUUGUACCAGCGCCAUUUCUCUUUUACAGAUAUGGAGCUGAUUUGAGGAAGAGGUCAAGGUUCGUGCCUAAGGGAGGCCGGUAA